CGCACCCAUUAUUCCUAAUUCUUUCGACUUUUAGUUUUGUUUUGGUUUAAAGUUUCAUUCAAUUGAGGCUACAGUUUUCUUUAUAUAUCGAGUGUUGUUUCGUAACAUUAGAAAACUGGAAAAGGGUUUUAGUAAUGCAAUCAUGAAUUUGUCAUACGAAUUUUCGAAUAUUUAAUGGUUUAUUUGAUUUUAUGCAUAGAUUAAGUGUGUGUAAAGCCAUGGAAGAGAUGCUGGGUUCAGCAACAGCAACGACAACAACAACAACAACAAUCAACUCUUCUAAUAUAGGAUUUCAGCUAUUGAAGAAGCAGGGUUGGAAAGAAGGGACUGGUCUUGGAGUAUCUGAGCAGGGUAGAUUAGAACCUGUGGAAACUCAUGUGAAGAAUAAUAAACGAGGUUUGGGAGCUGAUAAAGUGAAGAAAAAGGCUGUGAAACCUGAUCACGGUGAUUCCUCCAAAGGAGAUAAUAAGCAGGAACAUUUGUCUCAAAAGAAAACCAAAGCACUUUCUAAACGAGUGAAAAAGAUGCAAGAAUUUGAAAAGAAGAUGCAGGAAAAGGAAUUUGAGCGCGCUUUCUUUAGAGAGUUCUGGCCUGAAAAUGUAUGAAUAUUAACAGGUUCAUAAUAUUGAACGUCAGCAUUUCCUCUUGCAUUCACUUUCUAAGUAAUGAAGAAGAUUUCAGAGUCUGUGCAAGUUGGAGAUCUCAAAGGUGUUUUCCCCAAGAUACAUACAGGAUCUAGGAAAGAGUUUUGCAAACUGAAGGAGUUACACCUUCUUUUUCGUGUGUAAAUAAUCAACUACUUUUUUCCAAAUCAUUUGUACAAUAUAGAAAUAUGCAAAAAGCAUAGGGAAGGUUACGAGAGUCACGCCCCUUCUGUUUUAAAAAAUUGAUGUAUUCACAUGUAUUUCAUUUAGAAAAUAAAUAUUUAACUUAGCUUUCCCCAAACAUUUGUUUUCACUCCGGCCCAUGGAAGUGAUAUGUUACUUUAUCCUAUUGAUCGCAAA